AUGGGUAAACGUCAUCAUUUACAUCAUCAUAAAUUUGGACAUGGUGCAGGUCAAGGUGGUAUUGGUAUUGGUGGAUCUGGUGACUUAACAGUUCACGACUGUCCGUUAUGUCAAUCAGAAGCUGCAGCGGCUGCAGCCGGUGGUAGUGGUGCAGCAGCCGGUAGUAAUACAGCUAUGAGAGCAGGCUUUAUGUCAGGUGCUAGUAAUCUUCUGUCUACUCCACUGAAACUACCAGCAAUUAGUAGUGGUGAUGUCGCUGCGACAAUGGGUAGUGCUGCUUUAUCACUGAAUAACAGUGAACCAUCCGGUGGUCGGUUAUUACUCAAUGAAGCUGAUAUUUAUGGAGGUUAUCCAAUGAAAUUUCUAGUCAUGGUGACGAAAUUAUCUAAAAUAUUAGAAGUUAAAAAGCGUUGUGUUGAUGAAUUACAAGACUUGAAUGAUGAAGCAGAACGAAAGAUUUCAAAUAAAGCUGAACUGUCUUUAGAAUUUCAACACAACUAUCUUACACUAGUUAUGCAUUUAGAACGAUUAAAUAAGGAAUUGAAUCAAUAUUUGGCGCAUGUCUUACAAUAUGCUAAUGAGAUCGCUCAAGAACACGGUGUAACACCACUGGAACAAUCCUCUGAUUUUAAACAACGAUGUGAUGAGGAUGCCUAUGAAAUUCUUUCACGAAUAAGGACUAUGCGGGCUCGAAAGUUCCGUGAUGUAAACCUAAUUGAUAUAGCUACAAAACUUAUCGGUAUACUUGUACAAAUUCGUACAUUAACUGAACAUGACGAUUCAAUUAAAGAUUGUUCUAGCAUACAACAAUCUUUACGGGAACUUAAAUCAAGUCUGCAUUGCAGUAAUAUUCAAGUAUUUGAAGACAAAGUAGAAGUCGGUAUUCGUAAUAUAAUGAGCGGUAUGUGUUCAUUGAGUAACUUGAAUGCAUUUCUCUACAAACAUCCCCGUCAUUUACAAUACUUGUAAAUCAGAAUACUACUACUAAUAAUAAUAAUAGUAAUAUAUUUCGCUCUUGUACUAUUAAUCAUAAUACUCAUAAUGAAUGAUAAUACUGCUGAUCACAGGAUAUAUAUGUAUGUAUACGAUGAAAAACCAUGUGAUGAAUAAUAUUCAUUAUUGGUCUUGUAUUAUGGAUGUGUUUGCGUGUAACUAUGCUUUUCAAUUCCUUAGUGUUGUUAUGUAAUGCAUUCUGUUGUAUAUGGGUGAAGUAACUUGUUUCUUUCCUUCCUUUGUUCAACUUGUACUUGUUCUGCUCUCUCUGUAUAUCUCGCCGUCUCUUUUUUCUCCUGCCUUUAUUCCUGCGCGCCUCAUUGUACUGAUCUCUGUGUGUGUGUGUGUGUCAUGGGAAACAGGCGAUUUAUGCAUAUUUGAUCUGAUUUAUUCACUAUUAUUUUUAGUAUUAUUAUUAUUAUUAUUAUUACUGUACACAAAAGUAUCUGACAAUGCCCACUCUCAUAUUCAGUAAUUAAUUGAUUAAUCAGUCAGUUAGUCAUAUGUAAUUAAGAUACACAAUUAAUUAUCAUCUAUUUUGAAUUAUGAGAUGGAAUUGUCUUCCUUUCUUUCUUUCUGUGAUGUAAUAUUUCAGUUUCUCUUAUUUCCCUAGUCGAGUUGAGCUUAUUAUUAUUAUACUAUUAACUCAAAUGGUUUCUAAGGGGAGUAUUUCUUGACUAAAUGUGACUAUGACUAUACACAUUGAAGCUGUCCAUUCAAUCCUGGUGUUUGGUUAUCAGUAGUUCUCUAAGUGGAAUGUCAAUCCGCAAUCUGACUCGAUUAUUAUAUGAUUAUUAUUGAAUAGCACACAAACUUGGUACAUUAUGAUGAGCACUAUGAAGUGUGUGACUUACGAGGGCCAGGGUGGU